AUGCCGUUUGUCCCGUAUCACAACUCGGCCGGCCAGUCCAAGAUCGUCAAGUUUGGGGGUCUUCUCACCACCGAAUUCCUCGAACCCCCACCGGGAAGAUGUUUUCUUUUCCGCCAAACGUACCGCCACAACGUUGAGGGCCCCGUCCCGGACAACCUCCGGAAAUUGAUCAAUAGCUCCGAUCGGCCGAAGGGUCCUCCGCCGCACUUUCACCAGUUCCAGACCGAGUACUUUCGGGUGGAGUCGGGUGUGAUGGGCAUAAACGUCGACGGGCAAGUUAAGCGGGUGACCGCCGCGGACGGGGAAGUAUCCGUCAAGGCGGGCAGCGUGCACAACUUCUUCAUCCACCCGGACUCCGAAGAGAGCAUGACCGUCUACCUGAGCGCCUCAGACUCCGGGAUGGACUACCAGCUGGACCGGAUCUUCUUCGAGAACUGGUACGGGUACUGGCAUGAUGCCUUACUGCAUGAUGGUGGCCUUGACUGGAUCCAAUUCCUGGCUAUCCAAGACGGCGGAGACGCAUAUACCCCAGCUCCGGCAUGGUGCCCCUUCCGCCGGCAGGUAGGCUACUGGACGUGCGUGAUUGUCGGCCGCUGGAUCGGCGGGCUCCUGGGCUACAAGCCCUUCUUCCGCGAGUACACGACGGACUGGGAUUUCGCCGUCGCCAAGAUGAAGGGCUCGUUUUUCCAGCGCCAUUUGGUGCACGAUGCGUACGCCGCCGAGAAGUCCUGGGAUGAGCAAGUUGCCUUGGAGGCUCCCUCGCGGCCUGAGAAUGCCGAGUUCGAGCCCUGGGUGCAGGACAUGUCACCCAAGGCGUUGACGCUGCCUUCCCCGAAGUAUGAGCGGGGCGUGUUCGUUGACGAUGCGGGUCGUCGUUCGAAUGGAAUCAAUGGUCACUCGAAUGGCGUCAAUGGCCAUAAUGGGGUGAAUGGACACGCGAACGUAUCGAGCCUCAACUUCCAUGGCACACAAUCUCGAUCAUACUUCAUGCAUUCGACAUUUCCUGGAUCUUCUCAAGCUCAAUGCCCUGUAUCUCUACGUUAUUCGAGACAUCACCCAGCCUAG